AUGGACGCCCAAUUUGACAACACCUUUGGCUAUCGAUUAUCUGAUGCUCAAAAGAAGGAAAUAUCUGAUGUCUAUGAUAACUUACCAUUGCCCACUGACCAAAUUGAUGUCGGCUUGCCAAUUCCAAACUCUCAAAAGGACAGUCAUUCUCACAUUUAUCGACCAAGCAAGUUGGUUAUUUUAAAUUCAACAACUCCAGACAAUCAACCAAGUCUAAUCUCUUAUAUUCAUCCCUUUGUCGAUACCUAUUUCAAAAUCUUUGAGGUUUCUGCUAACCUAUGGCCAGACCACAAUUGCUUAGGCAAAAGAUUAUUUAACAACACUGCUAAAAAUCAGUUUGAUCGAUUUUAUACUUUUCAGUCCUAUUCCAAGAUUCGAGAAAGAAGAAAUAAUUUGGGUGCUGGUAUAUUGUCUUUGGUGUUAAAUAAUAAAACUUACAAAAGAUUUAAAGACAUUGACUCAAGCUUUUACACAAAUGAAAAUUAUAACUAUCCUUUUUUAGUCUCUUUAUAUUCUUCUAAUAGACUUGAAUGGUUAUUAACUGAUCUUGCAUGCCAAUCCUACAGCCUACCCAAUACUGCUUUAUAUGAUACACUUGGUCCAGAAACAUCUAAAUAUAUUCUUGAAAUAACAGAGUCUCCUAUAUUAUUUUGCUCAUAUCAAAAUAUCUCCAAAGUGUUGAAAUUGAAACAAGAUCAUCCAAUUUCAUUGCAAAAAUUAGCUAUUGUUGUUUCAUUUGACAAUUUAAACCCUGAAAAGGAUAACCAUUUAAUCAGUUUAUCCAAUUCCUUAGACUUACAAUUAUUAGACUUACGAAAUGUUGAAAAAAUUGGAAAACUUUUUCCAAUCCCUUUAAAUCCUUCAAAACCUGAUGAUUUAUACACAAUUUCAUUUACCUCUGGAACCACAGGUUUACCAAAAGGAGUUGAAAUGACUCAAAGAAACUUACUAUCUGGUAUAACUUUUGCCUUUACCCACAUUGAUCAGCCUAGAGCUUUAUGUUUUUUACCCUUGGCUCAUAUUUUUGAAAGACAAGUUUCAGCUUAUCAAAUAACUUGUGGUGUUGCAAUUGCCUUUCCGAGUUCUUCGAUUCCUGUCAACUCUUUGAUGGAAGACAUAAGAGUUUUGAGACCUCAUAUUUUAAGCGCUGUUCCAAGAGUCUUUACAAAAAUUGAGAGUAGCCUUAAGCAAUCCAUAAAGAACUCAAAUGUGUUUCAGAAAUAUUUACUUGAAAAAUCUAUUCGAGACAAAGAACAAGUUCAAUCACUGGAACCUGAUAAUAAAGGUGAGAGUUGGUUGUUUGAUAGGCUUGUGGUCGAUAAGACAAGGCAUACUUUGGGUUUUGAUAACAUGCAAUUUUGUGUGACUGGAUCUGCACCCAUUGCUCCUGAAACUGUCAAGUUUUUAAAAGCAAUACUUGGUAUGGGCUUCAAACAAGGUUAUGGUCUAACUGAAUCGAUGGCUGGUGUUACAAUUAGUAGAGCCUAUGAAAAGGAACCUGGAUCUUGUGGUGUUGGUGGUCUUACUUGUGAGUUUAGAUUGAAGAGUGUGCCAAACAUGAACUAUAAUGUUGAUGAUCCCGAUGGAAUUCCAAAAGGGGAGCUAUUAUUAAGAGGUCCUCAAAUAUUUCCAAGAUAUUUCAAAAAUGAAAAGGCGACUUUAGAAUCUUUUGAUGAAGAUGGCUUUUUUUUGACUGGUGAUAUUGCUAAAGUUGAUACUAAAAAUGUAAAUAGACUUUACAUUAUUGAUCGUGUGAAGAAUUUUUUCAAGUUAAGUCAAGGUGAGUACAUUGCUCCAGAAAAAAUUGAAAAUAUAUAUCUUUCGACAUGUCCAAUUUUGACUCAAGUUUUUGUUUAUGGCAAUUCUUUUAAAAAUUAUCUUGUAUCUAUUGUUGGUGUGGAUGCCUUAGCAUUGAAAAAAAAUGAUUUAGAGUUACUUAGAUUAAUCAACAGUCAUUAUUUUCUCAAGAAAACAAUUUUGAGUUUUCUUAACAAGCAAAUCCAAUCAUUAUCUAACAAAGAAAGAAAAUCAAUUUUACAAAAUUUUGAAAAGAUUCAUAAUUUAUAUUUGGCAAUCAACCCGCUAACAAUUGAAAAUAAUUUAAUUACCCCAACUUUUAAAGUGAAACGAAAUGUGUGUGCUUCAUUUUUUAAAGAUAAGAUAGAUCUAUUGUAUCAAGAAGGUUCUUUGAUUAAAGAUGAUGUAAUAUCGAAAUUAUAA